GAUGGACAUUUACACAUUAGAAAGGCAGAAAAAAUAUCUAAGGUGAAUAACAUGAUAAUAGAGAACCAGAUGGAUUAGAGAGGAGGAGAAGGGACAUGAAAGGCUGGAUAGCUAUCACAUGAAUCCAAAUGUAAGAUAGCAUUGGAGAGAGCUAACUGGGGCCAUAGGACAGGACCAAGGCAACACUGAACAGACAAUUUGGGAAACCAUCAUAUUAAACUAGAGAUGACUUGAGACUUGUAUCAUCCUUUCUUUUAGUAGGUCCAAUAUACUACCUAUGGAAGGAAUAAAUAAAACUACAAAGAUACAAUUCUUCUUUCGUCCAUUCUCACCUAACCCUGAGGUCCAGAUGGUGAUUUUUGUGGCCUUCCUGAUGAUGUACCUGACCAGCCUCAGUGGAAAUGCCACAAUUGCAGUCACUGUCCAGGGCAACCACUCCCUCCACACCCCCAUGUACUUCUUUCUGGCUAACCUGGCAGUUCUAGAAAUCUUCUAUACAUCUUCCAUUGCCCCACUGGCCUUGGCAAACCUCCUUUCAAUGGGAAAAACUCCUGUUUCCAUCACUGGAUGUGGCACCCAAAUGUUUUUCUUUGUCUUCUUGGGUGGGGCUGAUUGUGUCUUGCUUGCAGUCAUGGCUUAUGACCGGUUUAUAGCGAUCUGUUGCCCUUUGCGAUACACCCUCAUCAUGAGUUGGUCUUUGUGCAUGGAGCUGAUGGUAGGGUCCCUGGUGCUGGGGUUCCUCAUCUCACUGCUGCUCACCAUUUUAAUAUUCCAACUCCCAUUCUGCCGAAACAAUGAGAUCUACCACUUCUACUGUGAUGUACCUGCAGUGAUGCACCUGGCUUGUGCAGACACACAUGUUCAUGAGACUGCCGUCUAUAUCAUCAGCUUCAUCGUCCUAAGCAUCCCCCUCUCACUCAUCUCCAUCUCCUAUGUCUUCAUCGUGGUAGCCAUUUUACGGAUCCAGUCAGCAGAAGGGCGUCAGCGAGCCUUCUCCACCUGCUCCUCUCAUAUCCUGGUGGUCCUCCUGCAGUAUGGCUGCACCAGCUUUAUAUAUCUGUCCCCCAGUUCCAGCUACUCUCCUGAGAUGGGCCGGAUCGUGGCUGUGGUCUACACUUUUAUCACCCCCAUUUUAAACCCCUUGAUCUAUAGUAUGAGGAACAAGGAACUGAAAGAUGCCCUAAGAAAAACAUUGAGAAAGUUCUAGGUAGAUUGAUCCUUUGAUUUAUUUAAAUUGGAACACUUUUAAAGGUAAGUGGGAUGCUAUAAAUAGUUAUGCUGAGACGAUAUGCAUAAGCCAAGAAUGUCCUCAGCAAUCUGAAGUAUGUGGCCCAUUAUUCUGGGAGCUCCAAAGGAAAUGAAUGCCCCUGUCUUACUGAAUUAAAGGUAUGUCACAUGGGCAACAUGAAGAGGGAGGAUCAACAUUUAUUUGACAGCAACUAUAUACCAGGUACUUUACAUGGAUUAUCUCACUUAACCCAUAGUGAGUCUUCAUUUUACUGAAAAUAAAACUCAAGUAGCUAAUAACAAAUAUAUCCAGGAUGAGAACACAAGUACUUAGAAAUCUAAACACUAAGCUAUCCUGGUUCUGGUCUUGCUCUGCCAGUAAAAACAUACGUAAUCUCAGGACAGUCAUCCAGAUGCUGACUGAGCUUCCAAAGAGAGAGAUCAGGACCUCAUAAGACUCUCCAUUCCUCAAUGGACAACUUGAGUCAUUAAAGUACUAUACCUAUUUUGAGCUUAAGUCUGUCCACAAACAACAUUCUCCCAUUGGUCUUGCUUUCACUCCUGAGCUCUCUUCUAUUACACAUGGAAGCUCUUCAAAUAAGGUAAGAAAGAUUUGUAUCUUCUGUAAGUCUUCAGUCUUCUUUUCUCUACAACAAGUACUCUAACUCUUCGUCCAGGAGAUUGUAUUUGAAUCCUCUCACCAUGUCAUUCACUUUCUAGAUGUUCUCUAGCUCCAUACCCUUGUACAAAUUUUCACCCAAAAACAGCCACAAUACACUGGGAAUAUUUUGCUCUGGGAAACCAUUACUUGUCGUGACCUAUAAACCACAUUUUCAUUAAUUCAUUCUGACCACUUAGACUCAUAAAUUUGGUAACAAAUAAAACUUCCGUGUAGGCCGG